AUGCAUCUCUUGGCCUUAUGGCUGUCCCUCGCUUCAUUGGCAUUCUCCACCCCUCUAUCAACGAGGAAGACAAGUUCCAAUGAACCGCCAACGGCUACACUCACUUCCAGCAAUGCACAUAACAAAACAAUAUUCGUCGGUCGUACCCUUCCUGAGUUCAACCAAGAUCUCUUUCUAGGUGUCAAGUUUGCCGAUGAGCCAGUCCGUUUCACACCAGCGGAACUGAAGGCCAAAUACGCGUCCAGUGAUAGCGACUCCGGGGCAUAUGACCUUUCUGCAGCUGGUAUCGAGUCUCACGCUGGUGAAGUUUAUUACAACGCAACUGAGUACGGAUACGAUUGUCCUGGAUAUGGAUCCGACACCACGAAUCUGGUCAACCAGGGCCUUGUUACACUGAACGAGGAUUGUCUAAAUUUGAACGUUAUCAGGCCCCAAAAUGACAGUGAAGAGUCUUUACCGGUCCUCCUUUGGAUCUUUGGGGGUGGAUGGCAACAAGGAUCUACUGCUGAUCCAAGGUACAACAUGAGUUAUAUAAUUCAGCAGAGUGCAGAGAAUGGCAAGCCAGUGCUUGGUGUUUCAAUAAACUACCGGCUGGCUGCCUUUGGAUUCCUGGACUCGAAGGAAGUGCGAGCUGAAGGAAAUACCAACCUUGCACUACGAGACCAGCGCAUUGCCAUGCACUGGGUCAAAAAGAAUAUUGAAGCCUUUGGCGGUGACCCCAACAAAGUCACUAUAUGGGGCGAAUCUGCCGGUGCUUACAGUGUCGGAGAUCAUUUAGUCACCAAUGGUGGUGAUAAUGAAGGCCUUUUCAGAGCUGCCAUAAUGGAUUCCGGGAACGCCGUUGGACCUCCAUACAACGGGACCGAAUGGCACCAACCGAUGUAUGACGGAAUUGUCGAGCGAGCCGGGUGCUCAAACACCACAAACACCCUCGAAUGCCUCCGUGAUCUCCCAUACGAAACUUUUUAUAGCGUUGCCUACGCUGGCCUGGAGUGGUUUGCCACUAUUGAUGAUAUAUUCAUUUCACAAUACCCACAAAUCAGUUAUCGAGAGGGCAAAAUCGCCAAGGUUCCCAUCCUUCUAGGUACCAAUACCGAUGAAGGUACCAGCUUUGGAACAACGGGAGUCAACACGGAUGAAGAGGCUAUUGCACAGCUUGUCUCCUCGAAGCGGUGGGUACUUUCCAGUGAAGAAGCCACUGAUAUCUUGAGCUACUAUCCUAAUAUUUCUGCUAUCGGUUGCCCUUACGGUUGGGGCAACACCACUUGGCCUUCUUUAGGCUAUGAGUACAAGCGAUAUGAAUCCAUAGCCGGAGAUCUGUGCAUGGUUGCGCCUCGCCGAAUGCUGGCGCAUACUAUGUCGGAUUUCGAGAAUAAUGUGUUUUCAUACCGAUGGGACGUGGCCGCUUUGAACACUAGUUCAUUGAUCGGGGUGCAGCAUUUUGCAGAGAUCCCUUUUGUCUUCGCGAACCCAGUCCAAAAUAUCACCUCUCUGGGAGCAGAUUUACCUGGCCGAUUGGCACUUGGACAAAUGGCUGCACGGAUGUGGACUUCUUUUGCCGCAGAUUUGAAUCCCAAUGGUCAUGGAAUACCGAACAUUCCGACUUGGCCCCAAUUCUCAUCGCAAGCCACUAACUUUGUCUUCCGUCUUCCGCGGGAUGAGAGCUACAUUGAAUCAGAUGAUUACCGUGUCGCAGGAAUGCAGUAUAUUAACAGCAUUGCGCGGUGA